AUGCUCAAGCCUUUUCUGAUAAGAGAUCUUCACGAUGAUCCUCAGCAACAGGACAUCGUGGACGAUGCGGCAUCUGAUCUUUACAAUGCUACAGAUAUCAUAAGUAUCGGUCCUCAUCGGCGUCACGGCCUGGUACAGUUAUCGGCCGCAGAUUACGAUGAGAUCGCCUACAUACAUCCUCAAGCACGCUUGACUUAUCUAGAUGACGACGAUGGAGAAAUGAUUACUGUCGGCUCAGCCCUAGAGCUCUCUCAACGUCUCGAUGAUCCGCCCGUGCAUGAAGCAGACACUGGCUUUCCAGAACCCAUUCACCUAUUUGACAUCAGACGGAGGAGGUCUGUUGUGGAUCUAUGGAAGAGGUUCGGGCAUAAUGAGCGCACAGCAAACUCAGAGACCUCAAAUAAUAUAGAUAUUGUGGAAGAUUUCAACGACCGCUCAACCACCCCUGUCGCAAAUGCCACUCGUGACGCGGCUCCUUUCGUCGAGCACACGCAGGGCAACACGGCGGAGGAUGAUACCUCAGAGUCUUUCUUGUCGGCGUUCGAGGCCGAGAUGUCGAGGGUGAUGAAUGAGCCGCAAUCCAGUACUGAGCACAACGCUGCUGAAGGCGGCUCUCCUUCAACAGCACCACAGGCCGAGCCAACGUCCAGUUUGCCUCGGGAAACUGCUGAUGCGUUUGCAUCUGCUCUGCGUAACCUGAUCGAGGUGGCGGAGCUCAUCAGUUCCGGUGUGAGGUCAAAAUUACCAGAGCUUGAGAGGCAGCUGGAGCACGCUCGACGAGCCCUCCCGAGUGAUAUCACAGACUCUAUGCGGAAUGCUUUUCUCCUCUUCGAAGAACAGGUCAAGGCAAUGGCCGCAACUCUCAAUACUAUCCCAGAGGCAAUUCGACGAGAAAAUGGGCCAGGAGGUGUACACCAUUUCCCGGAAUUCCCAGCAUUUCCGGCUCCUCACACUGCCAUCCGCGGCUUGCGCGAAAUGGGCGUUCAACUUGGUGGCAUGGGUCAGUCAUUACUUGACGUCUUCGAAUCAAGCGUUCGCGGGGCGUUCCCGGGGCAGCUGGAUAGCUACCUUUCAGGCUUCCCUAACUUCUCCGAUGCGAACCGACAAUCCAACCCACCGAACAAUCCAGCAGAAGAUACAUUGAAUAACCGUAAUGACAAUACAUUGGGGCCUGAGGUGCGGCCGGACGACGUGCCAGCUGCCCAGCCUGCUCAAACUGACAGUGCUGGUGUGAGGUCGCCCGACAUUGUAUCAGGCGGGCCCGAUAGUUCUCGACGACAUGUGCAACAACCUACACAACCCUAUCCCUUUUCCUGGCAGAAUUCUCCGUCUUGGUCUUCCUGGUGGCUACCUCCUCACCUUCCACCCCAACAUCCCCACUCCUUCUGGAACCAUCGCCCACGUCGUCACCACAAUCAUCAUUUUCCGCCUGCGCCUCCAAACCCCUUCCCAACUCUCCAUCGUCCAGCACCACCACCACCUCCUCCUCCUCCUCCUCCUCCUCCUCCUCCUCCUCCUCCACAGUUGCACCCGGGCUCUGAAUCCAAUACCGCUGAGCAGCCUCCGCGUCCGGCCACGGAGUCAUUGCUUCAUAGCAGACCUGGGCCAGACGCAGACUCUACUCGCUCGCUCUUCAUUGGCAACCUUGGAUUCAACGUGACUGAGCGGAUGGUUAGGGAUGUUUUUAUGUCCAGGGGCUUUGCAGUUGAUGUCAAUCUACCGCUCGAGUCCAGGACCGGUAAGCAUGCAGGAUUCGGCUAUUUAAUUUUCUCCACUGCUCCGGAGGCAACACUUGCAUUGAGAGACUUUCAAGGAAUGGUCAUUGAUGGGCACUCUAUCAACCUGGAAUAUGUCGAUAAUUCUCCCAUCACGUCUCUAGCGGGGCAGGACCAAGGCGAAGAUGCCAACACUGCUACCGCAACCGCUCCUCAAACCUCGGGUGUUGCUCGACGUGGUACUAGCGGAACAAACGCCACACGACCGGCCAACACUGUACCUAACGAUACUGUUCACGACAUGCUACUUGCGGAGACGGAGGCACGCUUCCCACCUGUAUCUCAGCUCGAUGCACACAUAUUGGCUGAGCAAUCAGCUACGCCACCAGCCUCACAGUCCGCAAACCCAUCCAACCCGAGAGAAAUUUUGCAAGCACCGAUUGAAGAAAGCACGGGUGCAUCCCAAUUUCUUCCAGACCCCUCGCCGCGGGAAGGUCCGAGUCCGUCAUAUAAUGCGCCGACACAAGCAUUGAAUACACAGCCUCGCCACUCUCACCGUCACCUUCAUCGAUCGCGGUCCCAAGCUCACAUUCCUCGCCGUGCAGCGACUGUGAGAGCGGCUGAACAGCGCCAUGUAUCGAUCGAUCCAUUUGAUGCCCAGCCGAUCUUAAGACGACGAGCCACUGAACGCCAUUCUCUCCGGAACGGCCCAAGCAUAAGCAUAUUCGAUCCUCGGCACCCGGUCUCGAACCCGCAUCCUUCUCAGCGCUUCCGACCACAGUCGCAGAACCUGAGCGCACACGAAGAAGAGCCUAGUGAAGAGGCGUCUAGAAGGCGAGCAGAAAAGGAAACGAGGAGACAACGUGCUAUCGAUGACUGCGUCGCUUCACUAGUUCAGUUGGGGUAUGGAAAUGAGCAAGAUGGUGGGACGCAGAGGAUGGCUGUCUACGCUGUGGCAGCAAAUGUUUCCUUUUCUCGCAGCUUGGUUAUGUAG